AUGGGACGUAUGAUGGGGCGUAUGAUGGGGUGUAUUAUGGGGUGUAUUUUGGGACGUAUGAUGGGGUGUAUGAUGGGGUGUAUUAUGGGACGUAUGAUGUGGUGUUAUGAUGGGGUGUAUGACGGGGCGUAUUAUGGGGUGUAUUAUGGGGCGUAUUAUGGGGUGUAUUAUGGGACGUAUGAUGGGGUGUAUUAUGGGACGUAUGAUGGGGUGUAUGAUGGGGUGUAUGACGGGGCGUAUUAUGGGGUGUAUUAUGGGACGUAUGAUGGGGUGUAUUAUGGGACGUAUGAUGGGGUGUAUGAUGGGGUGUAUGACGGGGCGUAUUAUGGGGUGUAUUAUGGGGCGCAUUAUGGGGCGUAUGAUGGGGUGUAUGAUGAGGUGUAUUAUGGGGCGUAUUAUGGGGUGUAUUAUGGGGUGUAUUAUGGGGUGUAUUAUGGGACGUUUGAUGGGGUGUAUUAUGGGACGUAUGAUGGGGUGUAUGAUGGGGUGUAUGACGGGGCGUAUUAUGGGGUGUAUUAUGGGGCGUAUUAUGGGGUGUAUUAUGGGACGUAUGAUGGGGUGUAUUAUGGGACGUAUGAUGGGGUGUAUGAUGGGGUGUAUGACGGGGCGUAUUAUGGGGUGUAUUAUGGGGCGCAUUAUGGGGCGUAUGAUGGGGUGUAUGAUGGGGUGUAUUAUGGGGCGUAUUAUAGGGUGUAUUAUGGGGUGUAUUAUGGGGUGUAUUAUGGGACGUAUGAUGGGGUGUAUUAUGGGACGUAUGAUGGGGUGUAUGAUGGGGUAUGA